GUAAAGAUGGAUGUCCACGAUCUCUUUCGCCGUCUAGGCGCGGGAGCCAAAUUCGACGUGAAACGCUUCUCAGCAGACGCAGCUCGAUUCCAGGUAGGGAAAAGGAAAUAUGACUUUGAUUCUUCAGAAGCGAUGCAGGGACUGGACUUCUUUGGAAACAAGAAGUCUGUCUUAGGUGAUUGUGAAGUAUCACAAACACACCAGGAACUCCAAAAUGAAGAGAAAAAAGAAGAGGGCCUAACUGAAAAGAAGAGGGAGCCAAACAAGAAAAAGAGGAGAAAGCUGAUUUCAGAAAUUAUUUCUCAAGAAGAAGAUAAUAGUAUACAGUGGGUAUCAUCUGUGGAAGCAAAGAUUGAAGAUAAAAAAGUUAAAGGAGAGAAUAAACUAACUUCGGGAAAGUUGGAACAUCUCAGAAAGGAAAAGAUAAACUUCUUCCGGAAUAAACACAAGAUUCAUAUCCAAGGAACCGAUCUUCCUGAUCCAAUUACUACAUUUCAGCAGCUGGAGCAGGAAUAUAAAAUAAAUUCUCGAUUGCUUCAGAACAUUCUAGAUGCAGGCUUCCAAACACCUACACCAAUUCAAAUGCAAGCUAUUCCAGUUAUGCUGCAUGGUCGGGAACUUCUGGCUUCUGCUCCAACAGGAUCUGGGAAGACUUUAGCUUUUAGCAUUCCCAUUUUAAUGCAGCUGAAACAACCUGCAAAUAAAGGCUUCAGAGCCCUAAUUAUAUCCCCAACACGAGAACUUGCCAGCCAGAUUCAUCGAGAGUUAAUUAAAAUCUCUGAGGGAACAGGAUUCAGGAUACACAUGAUCCACAAAGCAGCAGUAGCAGCCAAGAAAUUUGGACCUAAAUCAUCUAAGAAGUUUGAUAUUCUUGUGACUACUCCAAAUCGACUAAUCUAUUUAUUGAAGCAAGAUCCACCAGGAAUAGACCUAACAAGUGUUGAGUGGCUGGUAGUAGAUGAAUCAGACAAACUGUUUGAAGAUGGCAAAACUGGGUUUAGAGACCAACUGGCUUUCAUUUUCCUGGCCUGCACAUCCCACAAGGUCAGAAGAGCUAUGUUCAGUGCAACCUUUGCAUAUGAUGUUGAACAGUGGUGCAGACUCAACUUGGACAAUAUUAUUACUAUAUCCAUUGGAGCAAGGAAUUCUGCAGUAGAGACAGUAGAACAAGAACUUCUCUUUGUUGGGUCUGAGACUGGAAAACUUUUGGCCAUGAGAGAACUUGUUAAAAAGGGUUUCAGUCCACCUGUUCUUGUUUUUGUUCAGUCCAUUGAAAGGGCUAAAGAACUUUUUCAUGAGCUCAUAUAUGAGGGUAUUAAUGUGGAUGUUAUUCAUGCAGAAAGAACACAACAACAGAGAGAUAAUACAGUCCACAGCUUUAGAGCAGGAAAAAUCUGGGUUCUUAUUUGUACAGCCUUGCUUGCAAGAGGGAUUGAUUUUAAAGGUGUGAAUUUGGUGAUCAAUUAUGACUUUCCAACCAGCUCAGUAGAAUAUAUCCACAGGAUAGGUCGAACUGGAAGAGCAGGGCAUAAGGGGAAAGCCAUUACAUUUUUCACUGAAGAUGAUAAACCAUUAUUAAGAAGUGUUGCCAAUGUUAUACAGCAGGCUGGAUGUCCAGUACCAGAGUACAUAAAAGGUUUCCAGAAACUACUAAGCAAACAAAAGAAAAAGAUGAUUAAGAAACCACUGGAAAGGGAAAGUAUUAGUACAACUCCAAAAUAUUUUUUAGAGAAAUCUAAAGACAAACGGAAAAAGGUCACCAGUCAGAACAGCAAAAAGAAGGUAGCUCUUGAAGAUAAAAGUUAAAAAGAGACUUUGUAACCCAGAAAUAUAAUUAUAUGAUACCAGCAUGAAUGAUGUUUUCUUGGAAUACUUCAAGUUUUAAUAUCACCUCUACCAAACAUUUGAAAUCAACUACAACUACAUGUGACUGAAAAAUGAUCAGAAACUAUCAAUGCAGCAUGCCAAAUUUUAAUUUGUAGGUUAAAAUCACACAAUGAAUGUAAUAUUCAUUGUUAUUUUUGUGGUUUGAAUCCAGAGAGAUACUUCUUAUAGAAGAAUAAAAGUUUAUGCUAAAAAAUAACAUCCAAAUGUGGUGAACUCUUAUGGAUUUUUCCCAUCAAGUUUGAAGGAAAGUGUGAUGUAUGCUAUAAAGAGGCAUCUGGAAUUAAAUUUUAUUUUAUUUUUUUUUUUUAAAGAGAAUUUUUUUAAUAUUUAUUUUUUUAGU